GAAUAUAGUUGGCUAUACUUGCAACCAAUUACCAACUCCUACCAUGAAGGAUUCUCUGAAUGUAGCUGUGAUCGGAGCAGGCAUCUCCGGCCUACUCACCGCCCGCGAGCUGCUCCGAGAGAACCUUCGAGUCACCGUCUUCGAAAAAUCAGACCAGAUUGGUGGAACCUGGGUUUACGAUGAUCGAGUCGAAGUUGAUGGCUGCCAUCACCUCGACCCCAACAGAUCCAUUGUUCACAGCAGCAUCUACAAAUCUCUCCGAACAAAUCUUCCUCGGCCACUGAUGAGCUUCUCAGACUUCUCAUUUGAAGACAAAUCCUACGGUGAUCCGAGGUUGUUCCCCGGUCAUGAAGAGGUUCUAAAGUUCGUUCAGGAUUUUGCUAACGAGUUUGGAGUUAGUGAGGUCAUUCGGUUUAACUCGGAGGUGGUGCGAGUUGAGUCACAGGGUUGUGGGUUUGUGGUGGAGUGGCGGACGACGGAGGGUGGUUUGGUAGAGGAGCGUUUUGAUGCGGUGGUGGUUUGUAACGGCCACCAUACCGAACCCCAAGUUGCUAGUGAUGUCCCUGAGUUUUGUGCAGAAAGAUUCAACAUUUGAGGGGGAGCACAUGUUGAAAAUGAAGAAUCUUUAAAGAUGUCAUUAUUCAAGAGAAGAAGUUUGUUGGUGAUAAACGAGAAAGAGAUGAAGAUAGAGAGAGAAGCCCAGAGACUGAUCAAGACUGAAGAUGUGAAGA